UCGCGAGAGGUGCAGGCUGCCGGACCCAACAUGGCGGAAGAGGAGGUGGCCAAGUUAGAGAAGCACUUAAUGCUUCUCCGCCAGGAGUAUGUAAAGCUGCAGAAGAAGCUAGCUGAUACAGAGAGGAGAUGUACUCUGUUGGCUGCCCAGUCUAACAAAGAGAAUGCCAGUGACUCUUUCAUCAGUCGACUUCUCACCAUUGUAGCUGAGCUUUAUGAGCAGGAGCAAUAUAGUGAUCUGAAGAUAAAGGUUGGGGACAAGCACAUCAGAGCUCACAAAUUUGUGUUGGCAGCCCGCAGUGAGACUUGGAGUCUAGCCAACCUAGUGUCAACUGAGGAACUGGAUCUGUCAGAUGCUGACCCUGAGGUGACCAUGGCAAUGCUGCGUUGGAUCUACACAGAUGAGCUAGAACUGAGAGAAGAUGAUGUAUUCUUGACAGAACUGAUGAAAUUAGCUAAUCGGUUUCAACUACAACUCCUCAGGGAAAGGUGUGAAAAAGGAGUCAUGUCACUAGUAAACGUCAGGAACUGCAUUCGUUUCUAUCAGACUGCGGAGGAGCUAAAUGCUAGCACUUUAUUGAACUACUGUGCUGAAAUAAUAGCUAGUCAUUGGGAUGACUUGCGGAAAGAAGACUUCAGCAGUAUGAGUGCUCAGCUUUUGUAUAAAAUGUUCAAAUCCAAGACUGAAUAUCCUUUGCAUAAAGCUAUUAAAGUGGAGAGAGAAGAUGUUGUUUUCCUGUAUCUUAUUGAAAUGGAUUCACAGCUGCCUGGGAAGCUCAAUGAACUGGAUCACAAUGGAGACCUUGCUUUAGAUUUAGCCCUCUCUCGAAGAUUGGAAAGUAUUGCAACAACAUUGGUCAAUUACAAAGCUGAUGUGGAUAUGGUGGACAACAAAGGCUGGAGUCUGUUACACAAAGCCAUCCAAAGAGGAGAUAAGUUUUCUGCCAAUUUUCUCAUUAAAAAUGGUGCCCGUGUGAAUGCUGCUACACUGGGAGACCAGGAGACUCCUCUACACCUUGUUGCAUCGUACAGCCCCAAGAAGCACUUGCCAGAUGUGAUGUCAGAGAUGGCACAGAUUGCAGAGUCCCUCUUACAGGCUGGAGCCAAUCCAAACAUGCAAGACUGCAAAGGAAGGACCCCAUUACAUGCAUCAAUUGUUGUUAGGAAUGAUCCUGUAUUCAGUCAGCUUCUCCAGCGCAAACAAUUAGACUUAGAAUUGAAGGAUCAUGAGGGAAGCACAGCUCUGUGGCUUGCAGUUCAGUAUAUCAAAGUGUCGUCUGACCUGUCCAUAAACCCUUUCGACGAUGUCCCUGUUGUAAAUGGAACCUCCUUUGAUGACAAUAGCUUUGCAGCAAGACUAAUCCAGCGAGGCAGCAAUACAGAUGCACCUGACACAGUAACAGGAAAUUGCUUAUUGCAGAGAGCAGCUGGAGCAGGAAAUGAGGCAGCUGCUCUCUUCCUGGCAACCCAUGGGGCAAAAGUGAACCAUAGAAACAAAUGGGGAGAAACUCCAUUGCAUACAUCUUGUCGGCAUGGCCUAUCAAACCUUACGGCAGAGCUUCUGCAACAAGGAGCCAAUCCUAAUAUCCAGACUGAAGAAGCAGUGCCUAGUCAGAAGGAUGCAUCCUCACCACCUGCAUCAGAGAAUGUGUAUCUGCAAACUCCCCUUCAUAUGGCUAUAGCAUAUAACCACCCUGAUGUGGUAUCAGUCAUACUGGAGCAAAAAGCUAAUGCCCUUCAUGCUACCAGCAACUUGCAAAUCAUUCCUGACUUCAGUCUCAAGGACUCCAGAGACCAGACCGUAUUGGGACUAGCAUUAUGGACCAGCAUGCACACCAUAGCAGCUCAGCUACUUGGGUCUGGUGCAUCCAUCAAUGACACCAUGUCAGAUGGACAGACUCUGUUACAUAUGGCAAUACAGAGACAGGAUAGCAAGAGUGCUCUCUUCUUGCUGGAACAUCAAGCAGAUAUAAAUGUCAGAACGCAGGAUGGAGAGACUGCCCUUCAGCUAGCUAUAAAAAACCAGCUUCCGCUGGUGGUUGACGCUAUUUGUACCAGAGGGGCAGACAUGUCCGUGCCAGAUGAGAAAGGGAAUCCUCCACUAUGGCUUGCCCUGGAAAAUAAUUUGGAAGAUAUUGCAUCGACUCUGGUAAGACAUGGCUGUGAUGCAACUUGCUGGGGUCCAGGACCAGGUGGAUGCUUACAGACACUUCUGCACAGAUCUAUUGAUGAAAACAGUGAACAAAUAGCAUGCUUCCUUAUUCGCAGUGGUUGUGAUGUAAAUAGUCCUAGACAGCCAGGUGCUAAUGGAGAAGGAGAAGAGGAAGCUCGUGAUGGACAGACACCUCUGCAUUUGGCAGCUUGCUGGGGGCUGGAAGAGGUGGUACAGUGCCUUCUAGAAUUUGGUGCCAAUGUAAAUGCACAGGAUGCAGAGGGAAGAACUCCAAUCCAUGUUGCCAUUAGCAACCAGCAUAAUGUCAUCAUUCAGCUGAUGAUUUCACAUCCAGAAAUCAGAUUGAAUAUGCGUGACCGGCAGGGCAUGACUCCAUUUGCAUGUGCUAUGACCUACAAGAAUAACAAAGCAGCAGAGGCAAUCCUGAAGCGGGAGGCAGGAGCUGCUGAGCAGGUGGAUAACAAAGGUCGGAACUUCCUCCACAUAGCUGUUCAGAACUCUGAUAUCGAGAGUGUGCUCUUCCUGAUCAGUGUCCAAGCUAAUGUGAAUUCUAGAGUCCAGGAUUCUUCUAAGCUAACACCUUUACAUCUAGCUGUACAAGCGGGCUCAGAAAUUAUCGUGCGCAAUCUGCUUCUUGCAGGUGCGAAGGUGAACGAGCUGACUAAGCACCGCCAGACUGCUCUCCACCUAGCUGCUCAGCAGGACCUGCCCACAAUUUGCUCCGUCCUCCUAGAGAAUGGAGUAGACUUUGCGGCUGUGGAUGAAAAUGGAAAUAAUGCUCUUCAUCUGGCCGUGAUGCAUGGUCGUCUAAAUAAUAUCCGUAUCCUCCUGACAGAAUGUAAUGUGGAUGCUGAAGCCUUUAAUCUUCGAGGUCAGUCACCAAUGCACAUUCUGGGACAUUAUGGGAAAGAUAAUGCAGCCGCCAUCUGUGAGCUCUUCUUAGAAUGUAUGCCAGAAUAUCCUCUAGACAAACCUGAUGCUGAAGGAAACACAGUGCUUCUCUUGGCCUAUAUGAAGGGAAAUGCUAACUUGUGCCGUGCUAUAGUGAGAGCUGGGGCUCGUCUUGGGGUUAACAAUAACCAAGGAGUCAAUAUCUUCAACUACCAAGUUGCUACAAAACAGCUUCUCUUUAGACUCUUGGAUAUGCUGUCAAAAGAACCUCCCUGGUGUGAUGGCUCCAACUGCUAUGAAUGCACUGCCAAGUUUGGAGUCACAACAAGGAAGCAUCAUUGCCGCCACUGUGGACGUCUGCUCUGCCAUAGAUGCUCAACAAAGGAGAUUCCCAUCAUAAAAUUUGACUUAAACAAGCCUGUUCGCGUUUGCAACAUCUGCUUUGACGUCUUGACUCUGGGAGGAGUCUCCUAG